AUGAGAAACAUUUUAUUAUCUGAUUAUUACAAGUUUAAUAUUGAAGAAUUAGCCGAUAUUGAGGCUUUUGAUUUCGAAGAAUUCUCAUACACUCUCUACAUUAUCACCAAGUCAAAAAUUUUGUAUGCAAUCAAGAUUGAGAGCUUAGAGAGUCACGAAAUCAUUUUUAAAGCUGAUUUGAGCAAUGAUAUCUGCGAUGUAGAAAAGGUUUUGGGAAUCAAGUAUAUUUUAGAAUUAGAAAGUGUCAUUAUCAUUUAACAAAGUGGAGAAAUUAUGAAAUUCAGCAUUUCUGAUAAAUCUUGUGAAAGUGUUGGAUGCAUCGAAAACGGAAUUUUAGGUUUUUCAUAUUCUCCUAACUAGGAAUAACUUAUUGUGGCUACUGGAAAUCAUACAUUAAUAUCUUUUGAUAAUAACUUCGACGUUUCAAAAGAAGUUCAUAUUGAUGAAGAUGCUAAUUCAUUUAAGGCUCCUUCAUCUCCUUAGCCUGUUUACUUUGCAUGGAAGGCAGAUGCUAAGUUCUUUGCUUGCAAUUUUGCAGUUGAAGGUGGACGUAAAAGUUUAACCAGAAGCACUGAACUCGAAGUAUUUAAGUCAGCUGCUCAACCUGAUCCAGAUGGUCAAAAUGUAGUAUCAGUUUCUGAAGAACCAACUGAGAAUUUGUAAGGACCCAUCAGCUGGUAGCCUACUGGUAACUUUAUUGCUGGUGUUGAUAGAAAGCCUUCAAAGCAAGAUAAAUCAAAAACUUUAACUAGAGUUAUUUUCUGGGAAAAGAAUGGUUUGAGACAUUUGGAGUUUAAUUUACCAAAUUUAAAGGACUCCUUAAACACUGAUUCUAACUUAAUAGAAGUAAUCAACUUAUAAUAUAACAAGGAAUCUGAAAUAUUAGCUGUCCAUGUCAAAGAAGAGGAAUCUCAAGAAAGCAUUUUGCUCUAUCACAGAAGCAAUUACAGAUGGUACUUAAAAAAAGUUGUUUAAUGUUUAGAUGGUAUUAAAAUCAAUGGAUUAAUUUGGUGUCUCCAAAACAGUAAGAGACUUGUUAUUGUUUAUGAAUAAAACUUUAUUGAAGUUCUCGACUUAUCUCUUGUCCAUUCUUAAAACAUUCAUGACACUGCUCAUGAAAAUAAUCUCUCUCUUAUACCUUCUGUAGAUAACAACAAGAUACUCACUACAGUCUUUAAAAGAACCAUUAUGCCUCCUCCUAUGUCUAACUUCGAGUUAGCCCUCCCUAAUCCAGUCUUAGGAUUCUCAGCAGGAAACAACUAUAUUUGUGCUGCUUGUGAGAAUAGCUUUGAAAUUUUCACUGUUGACAAUAAUUUGGGAUUGAAGUAAAAGACAAUUAAAAACGAAGUCAGUAAAUAGAGCAAUAGACUCAGAUAAUUCUUAAUGGUUCCCUAUGAAGAUAAAUACUCUAUUUUCUUUGUUCAUAAUAAAGGAGAAUCUAAAUUUAUAGUAGAAAUAGUACUAGAUAGCAACAUGAAUGUUAUAAACACUUUCGAGAAGAGCAUUAAGAACUCUCUUACUGCUACUUGUGUAUCAGGUUAUUUGUAUACCUAAACAACUAAAGGAGGUCAAAAAUCAGACGAUAAUGAUGAUGAAGAAGAGGAAUAUGGAUUUUAAGAUAAAUCUAGUGGAAAUUACUUGUUCAUUUAAAACUCCAAAGGCACCGUCUUCAAGUAUUUCUUAAAUGAUGACUCUAAAAUUGAAAAACACUCCACUUUUGAAAUUCCUGCUUCUAAAAUCCAAGCCACUGUUUUGAAUGGAAUGGAAUAUCUCUUUGGUCUUUCUCAUAACUACAGAUUUAUGCUUGGCUCUAAAAUUAUUUCUUCACAAGCUACUUCAUUUGCUCUUUAUGAUUCAUUUGUUUUGUUUACUUAAAAUACUCUCGGUAUGUACUAAUGCAUGUAUGUCUACGAUUUGAGUGAUCCUAAGAAUCCUUUAGCUGGUCUUUCUGAUUCAGUUGUUCUUCCUUCUCCAGAAAGCAAGAGCUUGAAUGUUAGAAACAUUGAAAGAGGUAGCAUCAUUGUUUCUGUUGCAAAUGACAAACUUGUAUUUUAAUUACCUAGAGGAAAUUUAGAAACUAUAAAUCAUAGAAUUAUUUUCUUAAGAAAAGUUAAAAAGUUAAUCGAUUAAGAUUAAUAUAACACUGCCUUCGAGUUAUGUAGAACUAAUAAGCUCGAUAUUAAUGUUAUCUUUGAUAUCAACCCCAAAAAGUUUAUUGAAAAUGCCUAAUCAAUUUUAACUAAAUUCAAAAAAACUGACUAUAUCAACCUAUUGAUAGCCUAAGUUAAGAAUGAACUUUCAGAUGAAAUUCAAUACUGUAUCUAUGAUGAAGAACUAUAAGAACUUAAAAACUAUCACACAACUCAUCUAAGUAAAAAAGUUAACACUUUCUGUGAUUCUAUUAUCAAAGCACUUGAAGCAACCAAAAACGAAAAGUAUUUGUAUUCUUAAUUUACUGCUCAUAUUAGAAAGGAGCCCAGCGAACUUGAAUUUGUUCUUAACACUAUUAAAUAAAUGAAAGAUGAAGAAGCUGAACAUAUUCCUGAAAAUUAUCCUCCUCAUUUAAAUCCUGCAAAUAACAAAAGAUUUGAACAUAAAAGGCUUGUUACUGCUAGAAGCUUACUUGAAUAUGUUUGCUGGUUAGCUGAUGCUGAAAAAAUAUACGAAGUAUCUUUAGGUACUUAUGAUUUAGAUUUAGUUGCUAUGGCUGCUCAAUUCACUCAAAAAGAUCCUAAGGAAUACGUUCCUUACUUAGAAAAAUUGAAAGCUAUGACUGAUUUAGUUGAAAGAAAGUAUGUUAUUAACAUGGAUUUAAAGAAAUACGAUCGUGCUGUGGUUGUUCUUUCUUAGGGCAAUGCUGAUUAAAAGAAAAGAGCUAUUAGCUUAAUCAAGCAACAUAACCUUUUCAAUGUUGGUCUCAAGACUUUUAAGUCUGAACCAUAGAUUAUUCGUGAAGUUAAAGUUUAUAUGGGUGAAUAUUUGGCUUCUAAAAAAGAAUUCUAGCAAGCACUUCUUGCCUUUGAAUCAGUUCAUGCAUUUGAAGAAGCCUUGUCUGUUUGCAAGAAAUCAGGUGAAGUCAAGAGAGCUCUCUAUUAUGCUAACAAACUCAAAAAAAAUGAAGAAGAAAAGCAAACUAUUCUUAAAGAAAUUCUUCACGAACUCCUCCUUAACGAAAACCAUUCUUAGGCUGGUAAGGUUUACCACUAGUUAGGAGACAAUAAGACUGCUUUAGAGCAUUUUGUUAAGGGUUCAGAUUGGGCUGCUUGCACAAAAACUCUUCUUAAAAUGGAAGAAGAUCAUGAUGUCAUCAAAGCAGAAAUCAUUGUACCAGGAUUAGAACUUGCUUCAAAUCUUAAGGCUAACCUUUUAAGACAAUACAGAUAAACUUUCAGUAGUAAAUAUGCUAGACUUAAAGUUGUUUAAUAGGAAAAGAAAAUGAGACCUCAAUUAUUGGGAGAAUUAGGUGCAGGACAGUUUAGUAAUCAAGAAGCUGAUAUGAUUUCAGACAUAUCUGAAUCAACUCAAAAGACUACUACCACACAUACUUCAUAUACAUUCUCUAUUACAACUGGUAUGAGAAAGAAGAAGGACAAAAAACCUAAGAAUCUCCUCAAGAGAAAUAUCAAAGAAGGCUCUCCCAUAGAAGAAGAGUACAUAGUUGAUUUCUUAACUGAAAUGCAAGGCUAAAUGGGAAUCUUCACCGAUUGCAAGAAUUUAAUACAAUAUUUAAUUUAUUACGACUUGAUUGAUGCUGCCGAAGAGCUAAACAAAGAAAUGAAGCUAUACGAAGAAGAAAUUAACAUAAAAGUAAAGUCUCUCAAACAAUCUCUUUUCGAAGAACAAAAUCCUCAAUUAGCAGAAUUGUAUCCUAACAUUAAACAAUUCGAUAACAAAGUUAGUAAAGCCUUUGAUGUCUUCUUAAAUAACUUUGAUCACGUUUUAGUUUGA